GCACGAUGCGUAAGAACUGGCCGUAAAAUACGUGCUGGAUGGUGGAAGAAGUGAUUACGGCUGGCUGUGCUGGCUUUACGUGCAUGCAUGAUCGCACAGGAUCCUAAAACAAAAACCAACCAAACAACAACAAUAAAUAAAAGCCCAGCUGCUCUGCAUGGAACACUGAGCACAUCCUGGGAGAAUCCGGAUGAUGGACGGCUUUGUUUAUGUUGUCGAGCAGCUUUAAAAAAAAUGCGUCCUGAUGUCCUGAUCAAAGCGUUCCAGCCGACAGGGAGGAAACUUUCAACUCUCCUCUUUAAGCAGUGAGGAGAGAGGAGAGGAAACCGAGCACCGGUUCACUGAUGAGCUCAGAAAUGACUCGUAGGUUUCAGUGACGCCGAGAGAGAGAGAGAGAGAGAGAGAGAGAGAGAGAAACUGCGUCGAUUUUCGGUGCGUGCUCGCGCUCUUGGAUCCCUGCGCCUCCUCGAGCUGACACUCGUCUGUUUACGACCGGGAUCGUAUGCAAGUAAACAACUGACAAGAACCCAGGGUUCCGGGGCGGAACGUCUCGUCUCGUGCGGGGAGAGAGAGGGCGAGCGCGAGAGAGAGAGAGAGAGAGAGAGAGAGAGAGAGAGAGACGUAUGGGUCCUGCGUGCUCGAGCCCCCGGAUUCCCGCACAGUGCUCAUAGAGGGUGCAGUGCGGUGUCUGCGCUCUCCAACAUCCGCCUAGCUAGCUCAUAUUGAUCUUUUUUUGUUUUAUGGGUUGUUUUAAAACGGGACUGAUGGAGUGAUGAACUGAUGGAGUGAUGAACUGAUGAGCCUGGCAUCCGGAGGAGGUAAAAAAACAAACAAAACAACAACAACAUUGCGACUUUUCUUCCCCGUUUAUUUGACGGAACAGAUCCCUGGGACGCAGCUGGAGCUGCCGAUCUGCGAACAUUGCCAAACGGCUUACUUCCUGGGUGACUACGUUCCGAAGAAGAAGAGGAAGGAGAGAAGAAGAAGAAGAAGAAGGGAAAAAAAUUACAAAUAAAUAAAUAACUAAAUAAAGCGGUGAAGGUGGAGCGUCGUGCGUCGUACGUCGUGACGCAGUGGGAUUUUUACGCGUGGUCGGCGUUUGGCCCUGCCCUUCCCGCCGUGACGGCGAUGGGUCGGAAGCGGUGUGUUGGUGCAGAUUGUUCGAAGAUGGCGGCCGGCUGCUGCGGGGUGAAGAAGCAGAAGUUGUCGGGAUCCCCAGGAUCAGGGGGUCCAGGCGGGGCGGGCGGCGGGGCAGCCGGGACCGGGCACUGCGGAUCGGACUUGGGGAUAGGGUCUUCGACGUCGAUGGUCGUGGCCGGAAGCGUGAAUCGAGUGAACGGCCUCGGGGGUCCGGGGGGCAGCGGGAGCUGUAGUGGUAGUAGUAGUAAUAAUAGCGGCGGCGGCGGUAGUGGAGGUGGAUGUGGUGGUAGCGGCGGCGGCGGUAGCAGCAACAGCAACAACACAACCACCGCUCUGUCUCCAACUCCAGGAGGCUACAACUCCAGCACCGGCCUCUCGCCGAACCUCAGUCCGGGACCGGGCUCAGCCAGGAAGAUGGUGGUCUCGGCGGAGAUGUGUUGCUUCUGUUUCGACGUGCUUUAUUGCCAUCUUUACGGAUACCAGCCUCCCCGAACACCCAGGUUUACAAACGACCCCUACCCACUGUUUGUCACGUGGAAGAUCGGCCGGGACAAGCGGUUGAGGGGUUGUAUAGGUACAUUUUCUGCCAUGAACCUGCACUCAGGACUCAGGGAGUACACCCUUACCAGUGCCCUUAAAGACAGCCGCUUUCCCCCGAUGACGAGGGAAGAGCUGCCGCGCCUCUUCUGCUCAGUGUCUCUGCUCACCAACUUUGAGGAUGUUGGUGAUUAUCUAGACUGGGAGGUGGGUGUUCACGGCAUUAGGAUAGAAUUUUUCAAUGAAAAAGGAUCAAAGCGCACCGCCACCUAUCUGCCGGAGGUUGCAAAGGAGCAAGGAUGGGACCACAUUCAAACCAUAGAUUCCUUACUUCGAAAGGGAGGCUACAAAGCUCCCAUCACAAACGACUUCAGGAAGACCAUCAAACUGACCAGGUACCGUAGCGAAAAGUUGACGAUGAGCUACGCGGAGUACAUCGGCCAUCGCCAGCACCACCACUACCAGAACGGCAUCGGGCACCCUCUCCCCCCGUACAACCAUUAUUCCUGACAGCGAGCCGCAUGACCAGUCACUGGACCUCUCCGCGGACCUCUUCCCAGGAGAGCCCGCCCCCUCGUGGUCUAGCUAUCUCUACUACUGUACCAUUUUAUGAUGAUAGUUUCCGUUGCCAUGCCAGCACUCUGUUUAAGAUGGCGGCAUGGCAGCGGGGGGCAAAGAAGCAUCACGAUUAUGAUGUGGAAAAAAAUUUAAAAACGACUCAUUUAUUUUCUCCUUUUUAUCCUUUCUAUUAAUUGAUUUUUUUUUGGCAGCAUAUAUAUGAAAGUAUAUAUAUAUAUAUAUCUCGACGUAUAACCCCUUUUUUCCUGUUAAAAAAAAAAAAGAAGCAAAUAAACAAGUACUGCUUUUCUUUUUUUGCUAAAAAGAAAAGAUCUUUCCAACAAUCCUAAUCAGGUUUUUUGAGUCUGUGGAUGGAAAUAAGUCAUAUUAAGGAGGGGCUCGUCGUGCAGAUCAGAGAAUGAUGUACGCUAAGCUUUAGUUCGUGUAAAGGCUACACGACGUUAACCGGGUCACGAUCAAGCGAUCACGCUACACGCCGUCACGUACGAUUUCACGUAUUAGCAGAAAAAUGAUGAGGCGGUGAAACGUUUUCCGCGUCGUCACGGGUAGAAGAGCCGGAGGAGUAACAGCUGAUCGUUUAAGCUGAAGUUUACGUUCUCGAUCGGUUUGCGAGGAAACCUUUCUGAUCGGACGGCUGCGUGACUUAUAAUCGCGCAUGAAUUUACGGAGUUUAAAUCUCCGAUUUCUUUGGGUUCUGCGCCGACGUUUCGCCGCGUUUUCCGUGUUGAAGAAAGCGCUCUGAAACGAACCGGCUUUUUCCGGCUCUGCUGUGAGCUUUUCCUUUUAUGGAGAUUUGUGGGUGUGGCUAAAUCUAAACAGUGCUUAGUUGAUUCACGGCCGUUUUUAUCGACUCGCGAAGGAAAUCUGGGUUUUUAGUCGGGUUUAGUUGGCCACGAAAAUAAAUAACUCUCAAACAUGCGUUGUUAAUUCGUUAAUAAUUCGUUAACGCGUCCUGGCGUGGUCGUGAUGCCGUAACUGGCGUAAAAGUGUUUUUCAUUUUUAUUUUAUUUUUUAAAAAUCGUUUCUUAUUCGUUUUUACGUGCACCACGUAGCCACCAGAAAGGCUUGUGGGUUGUUUUUCCUUUCUUUCUUUCUUUCUUUCUUUCUUUCCUUCUUCUCUGUGCGAUUCUUUUUCCAAUCUAAAAUAUUCGUGAGUGACUUGAAGUCGUAAAUGAUAUCGUGGGGUUUUCGGGUUGUUUUUCUUCUUUCCCGUGUGGUGUUAGAUGUGCGUCGAUGUUCGAAGAAACUCGUCAGAAGAAACCGCUAGACUAAAUUAGUUAUUGGAAAAGUCAAAAUAUAUAUAUAUUUUUUUUCUUUUUUUCCUCCCUUUGUUUUUCUCCCCUUCAGCACCAGAGGGUCACGCGUCGCUUUAACGGUGUUUGGGCGACGUCACGUUUGUUUAUCCGACCCGCCUCUGAUGAACUGUUCUGAUCUGAAACGGACUUCGUGCUGCAGGGUUUUGGUAUAGAAGGUUCUCAAACUUUACAAACAGUCUCGUUUCUCAGUGAGGGACCAGCCAGGAGAAAAUCAUGAAGAACUGUGAUGAUGAGGAUGACGACGAUGGGGUGUCCUGAAUAUUUAUUAACCAAUCCAGCAAAAAACAAACAGAACCCGUCAUCUUUGAGGAGAACAGGAUUCGGUUCUCCUCCUACGGGACGCCGCCGCUGUCGUUUUUCUUUAUUUUCUUUAUCGGACGGAGAGGGGGGAGAUAUCUUCAGAGAUUAAGCUCAGAUGACCGGGACGAGCGUGAAGGAAAAAAACAAAACCUAAAAGCCAUACUCUUCUUAAGGCAUUGCGUAAUCGUCAGGGGGUAGUUUUGUUUUUCCCGAACUGGGAAUUUGUUUACUGGAAGUUUUCAGUCGCUAACGCUUUUAACCGCGAGCGUUUUUACGAUCUGAUCCAGUGUUCGUGGAACCGAAACCUCUUCUCAAGAUCUUACCUCAUACUUUCAGAUAUUAACGCCAAUCCAUCACCAUCAUCACCACCACCAAUAUAACGCCAUCACCACCACCAUAACAUCAACGCCAUCACCAUCAUCACCACCACCAUCAUCACUACCACAAGAACACGAUCAAUGCACCUCAUGAUGCUUGGCACAAGCAAUGUUUACAUCCACGUCCAAACGCCACAAAAUCCCACGCCGGUUGCCAUGACGCAUCGGAUUGUUUGUGAAUCCUCACGUUGAGCACAGGUGGCCAACCAUCCUGAAAACUCGUCCGUAACCCGUACGGCAUGGUGUGGCGACCGUAUCCUCUCUCUCUCUCUCUCUGUCUGUCUCUCUCUCUCUCUCUCUCUCUCUCUCUCUCUCUCUCUCUCUCUCUGUCUGUCUCUCUCUCUCAUGGUUUUUGUCAGGUGUGAAUCGUCUCUCCUGCCUCCUCUUUACGGCGGAUGAAGAAGCUUUUCUCUGAGGUCUUUCACAAACCCGUUGGAAACGUAAGCUCUCUUUAUUUUCCGUAAAUAAAAGCAGUGUGUGGUGUUUUUCAGGCUUUCUGUUUCAGCAGGUCUAGUUCUUCUCCAAACCAAACAACAAAACGAACCGAAAGCCUCGUGUUCUCCGUCGCGGCGUCGCAGGACCGAGCGCUCGAGAUUUCAGAACGUUUUAGUCGUUAAAAGCGGAGACUUUUAUUUAUUUUUUCCCGCAGGAGGACUCUCUUCCUCUCUUUCCUUUCAUAUGCAAAAACAAACCAGUGUUAAGGGCUUUCGGUGUUCCAUCCACAGUCAUCUCCAGCUCCAUCAGAAGUUAAAAUCUAAACAGAACUCUGGUUUCAGUUGUGUUGCCUUCUACACCGGGUCAGCGAAAUCGCUCCUGGUCGUUCGGCUGCUGUACUCUACGCCACGGUGAUGUUUCAUCUCCAGCAAAAAACAAACAGACCUUUUUGUUUCAUCAGAUUUUGUCCGUCUCGUGUCGGGUUCUCCGUUUUUACUUUCCGAAACGCUUUAAGAACGUGUCCGUGAAGGUCUCGCGCGCGGCCGAGCGAUCCGGCGGCCAUUUUGAGAUCCGCACUCGAGUACAGCACAAACUGGAUUUUAUUCAUUUCUUUUUUCUCUUCUGCUGCAUUACAAAGUACACAGAGUUGUUUUUUGUUUUUUUGCGUACAUGAAUGAACGUAUUUAUGCACAUCUGCAAUACAUUUGUUGUGUGUACGUUACAGAAGACCUGUUGAAUGAACCGAGAGAGAAAACAGACAAUAUAAAAUGGUGCUACUGGACCUCAUUUUUUCUGGGGGGGUUAAAGGUCACAGUUUAAAUGUGACUGGUCAUGCGGACUCAUCAGUCAUAUCAGACUUAUUCUUAUCCUCGAUAUAUGCAGAUCUGUUUUACAGGUGUUGUUGUUUAUUGUUGUUUUUGUUUUGUUGUUGUUCUUACCCGUGUAACAAACUGAAAUUUCCUGCAGGUUUGAAAGGACAAGGAGUCACGAGUCUAACCCCAUCCUUCCCUCAUGGCCUCGGGGGGAAUACACGGUCAUUCACGUCUCAUCUGUCACAUCUGUCGUGCCGUAGACACGUGGCCACGGCAGCAGUCCACACACGCACACGCGCGCACACACACGUGCAGACACGUGGUGAUUAGUUAAAGGCCGGUCCGAAAAGCCUUUGACGUCCGUUAUGAAGUGUUCCUGAUUGAACUUGCAUUCGGUUAAACGACGACGACAGAAUCUAUAAAUAUCUCGCGUUCUUCACGUUAAACCUUCGUCGCAGAGAGAAAUUUCGGUUUCGUCAACAUUAAAUCGUUACGCUGCUUUAGCCACAGUACUGUCAGACCGCAGGAACGCUCGCAGGAACCGUGGAGUACUUGAAGGCAUCGCGGUCGCAUGAGAAGUCGUCCGAUUCAAAUCGUCGCACUCUGGAGAUCUGAUCUAAACGCCACGUGGGGCAGUCGUGAUUUGGUCGCAGAGCCAAAAUAUUAAAAACCCUAGUUGAAACACGUGAAACACGUUUGAGGCCGAUGACCGUCACGCCGUUGAGAGUUUUCGUCGCGUCGCGUCGCACGCCGUGUCCCGAGGGAAACCCGUUCCGUCGUCUGUCACGGAGCGGGCCGUUCGAUGUUUCUCGCAGGAAGCCGAUCUCCCGUUCGUCAUCGUGUUAUUAUUAGUAUUAUUAUUAUUAUUAUUAUUAUUAUUGUUAUUAUUAUUAUUAUUAUUGUUAUUAUUAUUGUUAUUUUUCUCCGCGGUCAGAGCGUGAAGGCUCACGUAAACUUUGUGUGUUCGAUCGAACCAAAGAUGCCUCCAGCCAUGUCCUAAUGCUGCUCUCAGACCUGCCUUCCUGUCCUUCCAAAACACAAAAAUAUUCAUCCUGCAAGAAAAAUCCUCUUCUGUGUUUUUUAUUUUUAAAUCUUUUGUUUUGUACAAUUUCUAACAUUUUUUGUUAAUUUUUUGUUUUUAUUAUUAUUAUUUUCCCCCUGCGACCCGAGCUGUGCGCGUCCUCGCCGUCUCGCUCGGCGCGGACGACGUCACGCCGCGUUGCACGUGCGUUUCAUUUUUCUGUUCGUUAUUGUUACUAUUAUCAUAUAUAUAUUUUUUUUUAAAGAAAAGAAAACCCCAUAGCGUGCCUCUUAGAUUCAUGGGUUUCUUAAUGUGUUUUUUCCUAAAGACCAGCAGUUAUACUUUAUAUAAAAGAUGUGUUAAUUCUUAUUUUUAAAUGCCAUUUAAAAAAAAAAAAAAAAAAAAAAAAAAAGCCUCUUUUCUUUACUGUGGACCCAGUAGCAGCACUGGUUAUACAAUCGCACUGAAGACAAAAUAAAAAAAAAAUCAAAUAAAAAAGCGUAUAAAUAAUAAUAAAUGACAUGAAAUAAGAGAAGAAGAACUACAAUAAACAUUUGUUUGAGAACAUUUUGUAAGAAACUAUGCUUAAAUGGAAAAAAACACGACGAUAGUGAAAACAGUUUUUUGUACAUCAAAGGAAAAAAAAAAGUUGAUUCUUUAAACAAAAAAAAACUAUUUUGGAUCUAGUUUCUAAAUUAUUUUAGUGGUUUUCUAUGUUCUGGAACUUUGAGCUGAGUUUUGGACGCGUGACUCUCUGCCUGAGCGCAGCGAGCUCCGGGGUACCUGGCGUAACCCCUCACACCCACCGGUUCCUUCAGUUCUUUUCUAUUUCUAUUCAGUUUGGAAAUUUCUCUCUGCUUUAAUAAAUAACUUGAAAUUGUUGUUGAUGAUGAUGAUGAUGAUGAUGAUGAUAACUUGGGGAAAAAAACAAAGAUGGAUCCUUCCCUCCCUGUAGAACUAGAACCUUCUCUUCUUCCUCCUCACCUGAAUUUGAUAUUAAUGUGUGAAGAAACUUGAAACGGGCAUUUAUUAAAGAUUCAUGACUCGACGUUUAAAAAAAAAAAUAAAAAAAAAUUAAAAAAAAAGGAAAAAAAAAAGAUAAAUAAAGAAAAAGGAGGGGGAAAAAAACAGAAAAAAAAGACAAAAGCUGUAAUAAAAAGCCUGUGUCGAGGGAACUCGUAUCUAGAUGGAUUAUCAGUGGGUAUGUGAGCUGUGGCGAUGAUGUAGUUUUAAACCUUGUUAUUACCUUUUAAAUCAUUUAUCCAAUAAAAAAAUAUUCUGAAAGAACAGUC